CCGGGACGUGCGGAACCUGUUACCACAGAGCAUAUCGAUCCGUAUAUGGUACACAGGGGCAAAAAAGCCCUCUCUGCAAAACUCAUAUUGUGCAAUCAAUGUAGCCAUAUCACAAGUUAUAGGCCUCCGAUACUCCUUUACUUUCAUUUCAUCAUCUAUGCCAGCGAAAAGGUGAAAGUUUCUGAAAAAUGGACUGAACGUGACAACGUCUCUAUCAAAACUGGUUUGAUUGUGGUACUAUAGGAGAGAUUUUAUCUUCUAUUGUGCUAAUUGUUUGCGGGUAUAAAUUUAUUUUGGUGUGUGAAAAACAAAAUAAAGGAUAAAGGAGGACUUUGGUGAGAUUUGAUCACAUCCCAACUGAAGAUGGGAUGCCGACCUGGAAGAUGCCACCUUCGUCGAUGGGCCGCGGACACUUCCGAUCUACAUGGUCUCAAACACAUAGCAGGAUCUGGAAACACAUUCCGACGUCUCAUCUGGCUGUGCCUCUUCUUAACUGCACUUGGUUUCUGUAUUUUUGAAUGCUACCUUGUUAUAAAGGGAUAUAUUUCUUUUAACCAUGUCACCCAAGUUGACGUCUACUACACGACUGAAGUGGAGUUUCCAGCCAUUACUGUCUGUAAUAUCAACAAAUACAGAGAAUCGGCGCUUACAGAAGAGGAUAUUAAAAAUGUCGGCGUCCACCUUGGUAUCGUAGAUGAAGAUUAUAAUCUUCUUCUGCCCGAUCUUUAUACGGAUGAGUUCAAAGACUUCAUCAAUUCUGUCAACUGGACGACCGUGGAGGAGGAUCCCGAUUACAACAUGACUGAAUUCACCAUCAGAACUGGCCACCAACAAGAGGACAUGAUCGUUUCGUGUUUGUGGAAAGAGGAGCCGUGCGAGGAGACCGAUCUGCAGCAUUCAUUAACACAUCUUGGAAAUUGUUAUUCCUUCAAUAUACAAGGAGAAAACUCAAAUGAAGUCGACUGGAAACACUCAUAUUCAGCUGGUUCAGCCAAUGGUUUACAGCUGAUCCUGAACGCCGAGAUCCCGGAGUACACCCCUAGCAAUGAUCUCGACUCAGGAGCCAUGGAUGCAGGUCUAAGGAUCAUGUUUCAUUACCCGACCGAACCGCCUUACCCCAAAGAACUGGGCUUCUCGGUCUCGGCAGGAGACCACUCAUUCAUCUCUAUGCGACAUGAGAAGAUCACGAGUCUGCCCUGGCCAUACACGGAAUGCGAAACGGACGGAGGGGACAUCAUCACCCACUUCGGCCACUACUCUCUUCAGGCUUGUAGAAUAGAGUGCGAGACACUGGUCGUCGAGGCCGAGUGUGGAUGUCGGCUUCCCGAGAUGCCUGGCGAUGCUGACGUGUGCAGCCCGGCCGACGUCCACGAGUGCGCCCAUCCUACUUUAGUUGAUUUCAUUUCGGGAAACCUGAACUCUUCAGAUACGUGCGAGUGUUUCUCGCCCUGCCUCGUGGAAAAUUACCCUUUCACCCUCUCAACUAGCAAACUACGUCCACUAUUUCUAGAGGCACUCUACGCCAACACUAGUACCAACUUCACAUCUGAUUACAUCAGCGAAAACAUUGCGGUGGUUUCAAUUUACUACGAAGCUCUAAAUUUCCAGACCAUUGACAUGUUACCAGAGUACACCUUUGCCACAUUGCUAGCCGUACUCGGAGGCAAUCUUGGUCUAUUCUUAGGAGCAAGUUUCCUGACGAUAGCCCAGCUAGGCGAAUACUUUCUGGACGAGAUGAUUGGAUGGUGUAUUUGUACAAAGAGCAAAGAAUCUGAAGAAGAAAGGAACGGCGGAAAUAAAGUUGAACCUUCUCCCACAGUGAAGACCACUGAUGCUUGGGGCGCUUGAAAAUGAAAUGAGUCAUCUUUUCAUAAGCCAGUUCGUAGAUUGUACUUGGACAUCUUUUUCAAAUUAUGACAUUUAGGUCCUAACAUUUUCCAAUAGGAUUGCCCCAUAUUACAUUUUUUGUAAGCUUUUCCCACAUUGCAUUUUACGGUGUUUACAUUAUAAUAGAGAAAACAUGGAAUGUAGACCAGAUGAGCAUUUCCUGAGAGGACUUGUCGGACAUUUAGUCUGACAAGUCAUCCGACAUUUACCACAUUAACAGAAUCAAGGAAAGUUAUCAGAUCUGACAAUUAACUUGUAGCACAAAACUGUUGAUGGAACGCUCCCCAGGUGAAUAAAAACUGCUACUAUACGAAUAAAAAUCACUCUUUAUUUUGGGGAUGGGAAUAAUCACGAUAAAGAACUUAGUGUACAGUGUGUUCACAGUGUGGAACACAAAGUGAAAUUUUCUUCAAACGGUUGAAAUGCUCAAGCUAUUGUGACUCACAUUCACAGAGCUCCAUUAUGUGCAGACGCUGAGAACACUCACAUAGCAGAUGUGCGUGUCCACAAUUUGAAAUCAUUUUCACAUUUUCAACUCUCCGCCUUAAAUAUUGUGAAUCGUAUCCUCACACAUCAUCAAAUCAGGACAAAGUGUGUGUGUGUGUUUUUUUGGUUUCCCUGGAUUACGGUGUUCCACGGUGUCUUCAUGUUGUGUUUACAGUAUGGAACACAAUGUGCUAUCAUAUUCACACUGUUAAAAUGCUCAUUGUGAAUUUCAUAUUCACACAAAGAAGGAAGGAAACAUCACUUAUAUUCACAGAAUCCACUGUGUGUACACACCUUGAACAAUAUUACAGUACAGAUGUCCACAGUGUGAUCACAGUGUUGUGAAAAUAUAUUCACAUUGUUAAGAUUCUCAAAUUCAACUGUUUGAAGAUGUUUUCACACUGUGGACAUUUAUAGACAGUGUGACUGUUUACAGCAUGUUCACAUGGUCGACUAUUCACACUGUUGAUUUCACAUUAUGCUACACACUGUGAACAGACUGUGGCACACACUGUGGGGCAUUGUUCUUUCCAGUAUGGUUGAGCAUUCUAACAUGAAUAAUCGCAUCUCUACACAUCAUAUCCUAGUAUUUGAUCACAUUGUGCGGUAUCAUGAUCUCAUAUCCAGCAGGAAGUUAGUACCCCUAGAACGCAAUUUUCCACAGUGUGGAACACAAAGUGAAAUAAUCUUCACACUUUCAAAUGCGCAAAAAUCAGCAAGGUCACACUUACAUUCAUAGAAUCCACUACGUGAACACACUGUGAGCACUCAAGGAGGUGUUCACCCUUUAAAGUUGUCUUCAUAUCAUUAAAUUUGAGUAUUUCCACAUUAAAUUUGUGCAUGACAUCAUUACACAUGUGGACAUACUGUGAACACAUUGUGAUUACUCACUGUGAUAUCAUCUUUCUUAUUAGGGCAUUAUAUCGUUUCAGUGAUCAUUUAAACCAAGUUUUGAUGCAUGAUUUUCUUAAUGCUUAUCAGCAGAAACAAGCAGCACAAUAUUUAACAGAUACGCAUUGCUAAGAUACAUAAUCACCACAUAAGUAUUGUAAAAGUCUGUAUUAGCAUAUGCUGCUGCCAAAUCAGACAGAUUCGACUUCAAAAUUUCUUUCACUUGUGACAUAUAUGAAAUGACACUGUGUACCACCACGAUGUAAAUGUUUGAAUAAAAGGGGUUGUGUGUGACAAAUUUCUGACGAGAUAAAUGAUGAUUAAUGAAGUCGUCCUGCUUGAUACAAUUUGACGACUUAGUAAUUAGACAGUCUUGCCAAAACACAGUAUCUUGUCUAAUUUCGCCAUAGGCCAAUUUCAUGAGUAAAACCCAAACAAAUGUUUAAAUAUGCAUGUAAUAUGUGAUUAUGCAUAUAUCCAUCGUUGCUGUUUUCACCUGUAUAUAGAGGAAAGAUAUAUUUGGAAAACAAUCAAGAUUUCCACUGCACGAAAUGCUGGUUAUAUUUGUGUUCGUUUCCUACGUUAUAUUUAUAACGUGUAUUUUCUUUACAUAUUUUUACUUGUAAGAUAUGCAUUAUGGCGAUAAUGAUAUUAUGAAAAUAAAUGCUUUCAUAUGUAACAAAUUA